AUGAGGUUCGCCCCGCUCCAGGACCGCAUGGCAGUGAUGCCAUUCACGCUGCGCUGUCUGCGGCUGUUUGGACUUCGCGGGGAUCGCCGCAAUCGGGUGCACUUUGUGCUGGCCCUGCUGUACCGCGUCGUGGUGAUUUACGUUCCGAAGCUGGUGUUUGGCUUUCGGGAUCGGGUCGAUUUGGUGAUAAGGAGCAUUUCGGAGCUGUUUUUUGAGUGCCACAUCGACUUGAAUGCCGUUUUGUUUGCGGUCAAGUUGGACGAGUUUGAAGAGUUGCUGUGUCUUUUGCGGAAGUUGUACAAUAAGGUUAAAACUCUGGACGCCAAAUCACCGGAAAGGAUGAUCAUCGAAGCUUCGAACCUAGCUAUUGAUAAACGUUCCAAGUCAUACGUCGUGUACGUUGCAAUCGCGUGCACAAUCUUCUUCUGGGUUCCCGUGGCUCAAACGACGGGUAUUUGGAUCCUAACCCAUGGUUCAAAUAGUACUGAUCGGCCGGAGUUUGUAACCAUGAUGGAGUUGAACUUCUACGGCAUGGACAAUCGUAAGGAUAUCGUACAUUACGUAAUAUAUGCGGCCAUUUCCGGCGUUGCUCAUUACUACGCUGCGGUUUACUUUGCCCUGUCCGGAAUAGUGAUCUUCGGUUGCGUCAAGUCCAUUGCUGCUCUGUUUGAUAUGGUGUCAGCCAGGCUGGCAGCACUGCACGAGCUUUCCGGCAGGGAACUUCGUGAGGAGUUGGUUGAUCUGAUUGAGCUGCACGUUGAUGGAUUAAGAUGCAUCGAACUCUUGGAGAACAUCAACAACCUUGCAAUGAUGGUACAAAUGAUCAAUUGUGUACUUAUUUGGAUCUCGAUGUUCCUCUCAAUCAGCUCUCAUUUCACCCCAGAGGUAGUCAGUUUGAUGGUUCUUUUACUCGUGACGACUGGCGAAACAUACGUUCUGUGUCAACUAGCAACCGAGCUAUCUCAAGUGAGCCUCACCAUAACGGACUCAAUCUGGAACUCCAACUGGAUCGGACUGCCCGUUGACGUGCAGAAGGGACUCGCGAUGAUGUUGCAGCGGGCUCAGAAAAAGGCAGGUCUUACGGCGGCCAAGUUCUGCUUCAUGGACAUCGAGCGCUUUGCCCGAGUGGCGCAAUCCUCGUACUCGGUCUUUGUGAUUUUAAAGGAUAGCAUUUGAACUGUUUCAAUGGUAGAUAGU